ACGACGCGGCGAAUGGAAACGCUGAGGGUCGUUCGCUUGAGCGUCGCUCCUCCCAAUUAAGAAUUAUCGCUGAUUGGGUCUUCGUAAUUUGUGACGUCAUCGUGCGUGCGUGGAACGUGACGUUUCGGUUUGUUUUGUUUUCACGUCGAUUUUCGUUGUUGCUCGUGGUGAUCAAACCGGAGUGUAUGCUCCCACGGCGGAACGGAUAACCGCUACGCAGUUUUGUUACAACUUGGUACGUCGAGCAAACUUAGGGAAGUGAAACGAUCAAGCUUUGUCGACGUUGGUGUGACAUCGGGGAUUUUCGUCAACACGAAAAAGAACAACUUCAAAAUGGCCUGCUACAACUUUAACGGGGUCGUGAAUUUCAACGAAGGCGGCACGUUCGGUGUUCGUGAAGUGCCGUUGGUUGUGGUGUUUCGUGUGCUCCGUUUCUUACGGCUUUGAAGACGACUAAAACCACAGCGUCUCUUCGAGUUUGGCAACGCAGCUGCAAUCCUCGGUGCUCUUCGAGACGCUUCUAAGAGAAAAGAAAAGAAAAAAACGUGGCCACGCCUUUGGGUUGGUUUUGCGCAAGACUUGAAACAGGAUGCCAUCCUGGGGAUCGGGUUGCCUAAGGAGCUCCCAGAAGCACCAACGCGAGGACGUGGCCUACCGGCGCCGGACCGAGGCCUUGGAGGAUGUCUCGCUCACGCUUACCAAGAGGCUCAGCUUCAUCAAUGAGGACAAGCGCGGCUCUUCGACAGUGGAACUAGUCAAGAGGGAAGGAUCCACAUUGGGCCUCAUACUAUCCGGUGGCAUCGAUAAAGGCAGCCGUCCAAAAGUCGAGUCUCUUCGGCCAGGCAGCAUAGCACACAGAUGUGACGCCCUGGCUGUCGGUGACCAUAUUGUAGCUGUGAACGGUAUCCGGACCAGCAAGCUUAAGCACGACGAGAUUGUCAACUUGCUCAAGAAUGCGGGCGACAAGGUCGUGCUUGACGUUGAGUAUGAGAUUCCGAGCACAGCUGCAGAGAUGUCGAUGUGCGUCUGUCCCAAGGUGAUCCAAGUCAAGCUCGAGAAAGAGAAUGGCAGCUUCGGCUUUCUCAUCCGCGGCGGCACCUGUCCUGAGAAACUCAAGUGCCGUCCCUUGACAAUCACCCACGUGAGGCCAGGGGGUCCAGCAGACAGGGAAGGCACCAUCAAAGCGGGAGACCGGCUACUCGCAGUUGACAAUAUCAACCUCAACAACGCUUCUCUCAACGAAGCCAUGGCUGUUCUUAAGCAGGUCGAGAAGCAAGCACUGCUGACCAUAGAGUAUGAUGUCUCGGUCAUGGAUGCUGUAAGGAAUGCGUCUGGGCCUCUUCUCGUGGAGAUCGACAAGACGCCAGGAGCGCAGCUCGGAGCAACGCUGACUCAAGUUCCGCACGGAGAAGGCGCAAUAGUUUUCGACAGCAUUAAACAAGCAAGUGUGGCUGAAAGGUGCGGUGCACUCCAUGUCGGUGACCAACUUCUCGCCAUCGACGGGACGCGGGUGGACCAGAUGACCCAGGCCGAGGCCAUGCAGCUCCUGAAAAUGGCCGUCGGAGAUGUCAUCAGACUGGAGAUCCUGCCCAUCAGCCAGAUGGCGCUGAGGAAGUGUCCCAGCACCCAUUCAAAAAGGAGUGCGGCUCCACCACCUCCUCCGCACGGCUACGCCUCGAGCUACGACACCCUCUCGUCCAUGGGUGGUCAUUCGAACAGGUCAGCAGCGACGGCACCGGCUGGACGCUGCCCUCUGCCGCCGCUCCCUCCUCCGCAAGUUCCCUCAACCCCAUCGUCAUCGCGGAGGGGCAAGCCCAGCAGAAAGCACCUCCCGGAAUAUCUCUCCAGCUCCUCAAAUGCGUCGAUUGCAUCUGUCUACGGGGUUCCACCAUGCCUAGUCGGACCGAGCCAAUUGAGCCACACCGAGACCACCCAGGUUGUCAUCUAUGCCGAUCACAAGGGAUUCGGCUUUGCCCUGCAGGGCCCCACCCCCUACUCGGCCGAUCCACUGCCACCCGUUCCGACAAUCAGCAGCAUCGACCCGAGGGGACCAGCAGAAAGGACGGGAGUCGUGCAAGUCGGAGAUCGGGUUCUCUCAGUCAACGGACAGACAACCGAAGGCCUUUCCCUCGAGGAAGUCACCCAGCUGAUCCAACAGUCUCGACCACGCGUGGUCCUCGACAUAGAGUUUGACGUUGCAGAAUCCGUCAUCCCGAGCAGUGGUACAUUCACUGUCAAGCUGGCGAAAAAGGGCCCCGGACUUGGAAUCACCAUCACAUCCCCGAAGAACAGGCGACCUGGCGAGCCCCUGCUGAUCUCGGACAUCAAGCACGGUAGCGUGGCGCAUCGCACGGGCACCCUCCAACCGGGAGACCACCUGCUUGCUAUAGACUCGGUCCGCAUGGACAACUGCACCAUUGAAGAUGCCGCCCAAAUCCUGCAGGCUUCCGAGGAGGUCGUCAAGUUGCGGAUACGCAAGGACGAAGCCUUCUGCGAGGAACCAGACGCGACGGGAGCCGUGAUCUUCACUGUGGAGUUGGCCAGACACGGUGGACCGUUGGGCAUCACCAUCUCGGGAACGGAGGAACCCUUCGACCCCAUCAUCAUCUCGGGACUCACCGAGGGAGGACUCGCAGAGAGGACGGGGGCCCUGCACGUUGGCGAUCGAAUCCUUGCCAUCAACGGCCAAAGCCUGCGCGGGAAGCCCCUCAGCGAGGCGAUUCUCCUGCUCCAAAACUCGGGGGACGUCGUAACGCUCAAAAUAUCCAAGUCCCCAAGAAACCAAGGGAGAGGCCUGGACGUGCACCGGAUCGAACGCCCCAAAGAGCCCGAGCCCAGCAGCUUCCUCAACCUGUACGCCACCCCUAUCCCGAGCGUCGACAGCGCCGUCGAGUCGUGGGACAGCUAUGGCGGACUCGAGGCCGCGGCGGCUGCAGCGGCAAUCGCCAACGGACCCGUGCCGAUCCAGAACAAGGUGCUGCCGCCUCCGACGCCUGAUCUCACUCGUCGGGAAGCAGAUGUUCCGACAACCGUGGCCCAGCCGUCAUCUCCGCAACAGUCCUCCUGCCCGCCUAACGUGUCUGCCGAGCUCAAGUCCUGGGAGAGGGAGGUCUGGGGUCACCGGCCGCCUCCCAACCUCACUUCCCCCGGCACGUCGAACCCCCAGGCGUUCCUCCCAACGAGCAGCCACUCCGCGGCGUCGGACAGCGGCUCUGCGGACUGGUCCAAGGUCCUCGAGGACCUCGAGACGUGCGGACAGUCCAAGCUGCUCCGGCAGAUCGAGCGAAGCAUCAUGGGAAGCCUGCCUUCCAUCGCGCCCCUGCCCAACCCGGACGUGCACCUGCCGAAUCCGGAGAACCUCCAGUACGACGACCUGUACGGCUUCCAGUCCCGACUGCAGUCCGACGACACAUCGACGGAGUGCGAGUUCCAGGCCGCGGACCAUGAGCAGACUCCGUUCACGCUGUCCCCAUACGAGGGGGGACAGCAGCGCCACGACGGUUCCGGGAUGCCCUAUCCCAAUUACGGUGGUCACAUGACCGCGCCCAUUCCCAUCGAGGUGCACCGGGUCACACUCUUCAAGGACAAAGUCUACGAGGACUUCGGGUUUAGCGUGUCAGACGGCCUGUAUGAAAAGGGCGUCUACGUUAACCGGAUCCGACCAGGCGGACCGGCCGACAUGAGUGGAAUACUGAAACCCUUCGAUCGCAUCCUACAGGUGAACGAAACCAAGACGCACGACUACGACUGCUGCCUCACUGUGCCCCUGAUGGCGUCGGCGGGAGACUCUGUCGAGCUGAUAGUGAGCCGACCCGCCUACAUCAACGGCAAUUCUUCACACAGAGGCUACGAGCCUUCCUCGUUUCACCCCUGGAUAGACGACAACGACCGCGAGGACUGCUCGUCGCCUCACGGAUCGCGGCCCGGCUCUCAAAUACUGACCAAAACCCUAUGAGAGAGAACAUGCCUCGUUGCCGCUCCAGAAGAGCUAUUCUCAAACCGCCCAUUUAGAGGACUGUCCAUUCUGGCCUCCGCCGAUUGUCUGGAACUUGACGGCCAGCAUGCCCCGCCCAGUUUCCGGUUCUUCUUCCUCAACGCUAUUUUGACGUCGCGGAGCUUUUGCAACUCAUGACACAAAUGAGAACAGAACGCGCUUCAACAUGGCAAACACAGCCUCCUGAGAUCCGCUCUUGGUCGAGCGAAUCCCGGAGGCCAUAUAUUAACUCCGAUUCUGCGAACGCGUUAGCCCUCGAAUUAGAUUUAAUGCGGCUUCACUUUUAACGUGCCUGUGAACGUUGCUACGCAUUCGCUGCAUCAUUCGCAGGCAUCUGGAAAACGCUCAUAUGCAAGGACAGACUUGUCAAGUUUGUUUAAGUGUCCUGUGACUACAUUUCGUCCACAUUCUCCCCUCUAACGCUUGGAAGUGUCCUGUACGAGUGCGGUACGCCGACGUAGUCAAGGAGUGAGGAUGCCACAGCUAGCCGCUUUCUCGAGUAACUGAAUGUGCGCUGCCGAAAUGGACAUGCCCAUUAGAUGGACAGGUUGAGAAUAGCUCCCCAGUCUUGGCAACGUGCAAGCCAGCACUAAAGACGUAGAGAGAUUAACGAGCAGGUGUCUAGGUCCAAAACCACGAUGCAGGUUGUGAAACUAACACGGGUAGAGAGAAGAUAUCAUACGCCACAAGCGGGCCGCAAAAGACGCCGCCGCUUGAGAUAAUCAUUUUUCUAGUUUUUCUUCGACGAUGAAACUGUUUCUGUUUACGCGGAUUGUGCAAGCAAAUACCGAAAAAUAGUGUUCUAACACCCGAAUUUAUGUUUCUUUGAGGUUUAUUCAAGUGAAGGCUACCAUUAUUACAAGACAUUUCAUUUUAGUGUCAACAGAACUGCUAAACAUUGCAUGCUGCAGAUGGCGCAGUUCUACUCUUUUUGAGCUGUGUUACUCGGACAACCAUUACUUAAUGAAUGUAAAAGCGUUCCGCAAAAAACACAAGGACUAGACACAAAAAAUUAUGACAGAUGGGCGCAUUACUUGCAUGAGACAUCGAACGAGAAUUGAGCCUGACUAACAAAUUUUCUCGUAAUAACUUUUUUGAACUUCAGUAAUUUACAAAUAGAAGGCAGCAAGUUACAAGGUGUGCCCACUUGAAAGAAACUUAGAACCUGGCACCCGUAUUCAGAUGAGUGCCCUUACAUUUUCAUCAAAAUGCUCUGUUGUGCCACGCUACUUAAGCAAAAUACCUUCUUUCAGUGAAGGGUAACUUUCAUUGUAACAUUGAAGGCAUUUUAUCACCCAUAAAAAUCACGUCUCAUUGCUAGUACCAGAUCAAGCGAUCAUGCCUAGCAAUCUCUUCGGCUCUAAGUCAUAAAUUUCCACGUGUGCCCUGAAGUGAUUAGUCAUAUACAGCUAACCAGUGAAACUUGGUUAAUUGGCCAAUGUAUUUUCAUUGCUAGCAUAGUUGCACACCUUGGUGAGUUUUCCAGUUCAAGAAGCGAAAUCGUGCUUAUAAGAGAUUAUAAUAAGGUCUGUAAAGAUUAAAAUAAAACAUCACAUAUAUAUAUAUAUAUAGCUGCUUUUGUCUAGAUAGAUGUUACUCUGUGAAGAUCUUUACGAGCGGAACAGAGAACAGCCAUCUUUGGGCCAAACGAAUCGUAAGACAAUGCAUUUAAGGGAGCGAUAAACUUGUCUUUUGCCAAGCAAAAUCCGUUAAGUCACUUCCCAAUGUACUCCAGUAACCACGAUAAAAGAAAACCCAAAGAACUCAGCCAACAGUGUUCACACUGCGAACAGUCUUUUUUGAACAGCCAGAUCUUGUGGCAAGCGAAACUGCUUUCUGGCCUCUUUGUAACAUGACUCCCAACGGUUUCUCUAUUUUUACAGUGUUAUCAUUCUAUGAAGCAAUGUACUAUCUGCAGUCGAGUUUUCCUCAACAUUUAUUGUUAGCUUGUACAUAAACGGUAAGCAAUCCUUGCUCAGCAUUAUCGAGAACAGCUAGUCAUUGAAAACGUUGCACGGUGUUCGAUGUUCGAUCAUUACCUAUUUACGCGAAUAGCAUGAAAGGCAGCGAAUGUGUUAUGCUGCUUUCCAGUGUUAUACCAGUGAAAUACCGCCACUUGUUUGUGUCGAAACGCUUUGCUCAGAUCGAUACCUUCACCGCGUCAGCCGAAUAUAAAAUAAGCUGGAAGGUACAAAAAGCAAAUAAAUAAAAAUGCUGAAGGACCGUUCCACCAAAUACGUGAGAGUAAUAAUUAUUCCGUUCGGUUAUUUGUUCAAAGUGCCUUUUCAAGCUCGUCUAUUCAAAAGGCGAGUGUUGCCAUGUACGGUUAUCAAGAGAGAUUCAUGAGCUUUGGCGAUGUACAGUUGUUUGGUUUUUCAAGAGUUUCACGAAGCAUGGAAAAAUAAAAGAAUGCAUUCUUCGCAGCAAAAUGAAA